CCGGAUUUGGGGUUUCGGUUUGUCACCCCUUCGCACUUCGGUGUGCAGCAGACUCCCGAAUUUCUCCUCUACCACCAUGAUCUCUCGCACGCUUCGUGCGUCAGGCCUCGCUGGCCGCCGAUUUGUGGCUCGCAGCACAACAGGCCGCAUAGCACCACACGCACGAACCUUUGCCACUCCGUCCGACCACCAGCCGAAGCCGGAUCCUAACGAACGAAAGCCGGAGGAGACGGGGAAGGUGAAGGAGCGGCAGACGCAGGAUAAGGAGCGGCAGACGCAGGAUAAGGAGGGUGAGCCUAAGCAGGCAGAGACUAAGCAGGACGACAAGGACGAGCCAUUGAAGGGCUUAGAGGGCUUCUUCCAGCGGUACCACCAGCAGCAACGGCAGCAGCAGCAGUCACAGCAACAGAACGCUAAUCAGGGGCAGAAGUCUUCUUCGAAUCGACAAGAAGGCUCGCAGGGACCCAAGCCCCCGCCUCCAGGCGGGAACAACGGGUUCAAUACCAAUCAGCUUGCGCUUCUCGCCACCACCGCGACUAUAUUUUACGCCCUGUCGAACUCUGCUUCGCCCACCUCCCGCGAGAUAACAUGGCAAGAGUUCCGUACCGCUUUCCUUGACAAGGGCCUGGUGGACAAGCUCAUCGUUGUCAACCGAUCCAAAGUACGGGUCAAGUUGCACUCGAACGCCACUGGAACUAUGUAUCCCUCCACUCCAGCGGGCCCAGGAGAUUAUCACUUCUCAAUAGGCUCUGUCGAAGCGUUCGAACGCAAGCUAGACGAGGCACAGCGAGAGCUUGGCAUUCCGUCACACGAGCGAAUACCUGUCGCAUAUCACGACGAGGUUUCUACUUUCAGCUAUCUCGUCCAGUUCGGUCCCACAUUGCUCUUUGCUGGUCUUCUCUUCUACCUCUCGAGGCGUGGAGGUGCUACCGGAGGUGGCGGAGGAAUUUUCAACAUGGGCAAGAGCAAAGCGCGGCUUUUCAACCACGAAACUGACAUCAAGGUUAAAUUCUCGGAUGUGGCCGGCAUGGACGAAGCGAAGGAGGAGGUCAUGGAGUUUGUAUCCUUCUUAAAGGAGCCUGCUCGUUACGAGAAACUCGGUGCCAAGAUUCCUCGCGGAGCUAUUUUAUCUGGUCCCCCGGGCACUGGUAAGACACUCCUUGCGAAAGCAACAGCCGGCGAGGCCAGUGUCCCCUUCUUCUCCGUCUCGGGCUCCGAGUUCGUCGAGAUGUUCGUGGGUGUUGGCUCUUCUCGCGUCCGGGACCUUUUUGCCAUGGCCAAAAAGAACGCUCCUUGCAUCAUUUUUGUGGACGAAAUCGAUGCGAUUGGUAAGGCACGAUCUAGCAAGGGCGGCUUCGGUGGAACCGACGAGCGAGAGGCCACGCUCAAUCAACUUUUGGUCGAGAUGGACGGCUUCAGUACCAAGGAGCACAUCGUGGUGCUUGCUGGAACCAACAGGCCGGAUGUCCUCGACCCUGCUCUCAUGCGCCCAGGUCGUUUCGACCGUCACAUCGCCAUCGACAGGCCCGACGUCGGUGGACGUCAGGGAAUUUUCCACGUCCACUUGAAGCCUCUUCGUCUGUCCAAGAAACUUCCCGAGCGUGAUCGGGUUGCGCACAAACUUGCUGUCCUUACCCCUGGCUUCUCUGGCGCUGAUAUUGCCAACGUCUGCAACGAAGCCGCCCUUCAUGCUGCCCGCAAAGGUCACGAGUACGUUGAAGAAAAUGACUUUGAGAGCGCGAUCGACCGUGUCAUUGCUGGCCUCGAGCGGAAGAGCAGGCUACUUAGCCCCGAGGAGAAGAAGAUUGUCGCAUACCAUGAAGCGGGCCACGCUGUCUGCGGUUGGUUCCUCGAGCACGCGGAUCCUUUGUUGAAAGUGACCAUCAUCCCUCAUGGCGUUGGUGCGCUUGGUUAUGCCCAGGCACGUUGAUUUCUAUGUCGUACAAUAUUCAUCUAAUCUGUUUCAACCCGUAGUACCUCCCGCCUGAUCGCUACCUCAUGUCGACACCGCAGAUGCUCGAUCGUAUUUGCAUGACCCUUGGCGGUCGUGUGUCAGAGGAGAUCUUCUUCGGCGCGGAGAAUAUCACGUCCGGCGCGCAGGACGACCUGAGCAAGAUUACCCGUCUGGCAUUUGAGGCCGUGGCCAACUUCGGUAUGAACCAGGUGGUCGGUCCUGUCAGCUAUGGCGGCGUUCAAGCCCAGGACAAGUGGCAGAAGCCGUUCAGCGAGAAGACUGGCCAAAUGCUCGAUGACGAAGUUAGGAAGAUGAUAAAGUGCGUAAAUAUCUAGGCCGCUUACAGGAGAGAAGCUGAGUUUGCUAUACAGUGCCGCACACAAGCGUACGACCGAAUUGCUUACGAAGCACAGGGAAGAUGUCGAGAAAGUUGCUCAGCUACUUCUUGAUAAGGAGGUUAUUAUACGGUUAGUGCAUACCGUAUAUCACCAA